UCUAACCAACUAGAAGCUUGACAACGCUGUUCUAACCUUAUUUCUAUUAUGUUGUUUUAAGUGACAACAUAUUUUGGCCGCAUUAAAUUCAAAUUAAUGUAAAUAGAUGCUGUUUUAGUUUACAUUUACGUUUUAUUAAUUAAAGAACACAAAUACACAUAUUUUUUUAUAGUUUUUGAGUAAAUUCACAACUGGCAACACCUGAAAGACAAUAGUUUUCACCAAAAACAAGAUUUUUAGAAACGAAUAAAAAUGAGUCCAUCAGUUCCCACUACAUUUGUUUACCCAUUCAAGAGGCCUUGGCUGAAAGAUUCCAGUGCUGCCGCGCCUGCUGGCUCUGGAAAUAUAGGCCUGAAAGGAAUAGUAGCAGGUGGUAUUACUGGUGGAAUAGAAAUAUGUAUAACUUUCCCUACAGAAUACGUAAAGACACAACUCCAGUUAGAUGAAAAAGGAGAGAGGAAAAAAUAUAAUGGAAUAGUUGAUUGUGUUAAGAAAACUGUCAAGGGUCAUGGGUUUUUUGGACUCUACCGAGGACUUAGUGUUUUAUUAUAUGGAUCCAUACCAAAAAGUGCAGUUAGGUUUGGUGCCUUUGAAUCAUUUAAAAAACGGAUGCAAAAAAGUGAUGGUACUCUGACAGUACCCGGAAGGUUAUUAUGUGGAUUAGGUGCUGGUAUGUGUGAAGCAGUAUUGGCGGUAACUCCAAUGGAAACUGUCAAAGUGAAAUUUAUUAAUGAUCAAAGGUCUCAAACGCCUAGGUUUAAGGGUUUCUUCCAUGGAGUAGGCAUGAUUGUAAAAGAAGAAGGUAUUGGUGGUGUGUAUAAAGGAGUAACGGCGACGAUAAUUAAACAAGGAUCCAAUCAAGCGAUACGAUUUUUUGUAAUGGAAACUUUGAAGGAUUUAUAUAAAGGAGGUGACCGUGACAAGAAGAUUCCAAAACUUGUUGUAGGUGCAAUGGGUGGUUUUGCAGGUGCUUGUUCGGUGUACGGGAAUAACCCCAUCGAUGUCGUAAAAACCAGAAUGCAAAGUUUAGAGGCUAAAAAGUACAAAAAUACAUUAGACUGUGCCAUACAGAUUCUUAAAAAUGAGGGAGUAACGGCGUUCUACAAGGGUACCGUUCCCAGAUUGGGAAGAGUAUGUCUUGAUGUUGCUAUUACUUUUAUGAUCUAUGACAGCAUUAUGGACUUAUUUAACAAAUAUUGGUAAAAUAGGUGGACAUGUAUUUUUAUUGACGUGUUAAGUCAAAUUUCACAAUAUUUAUGUUAACUCUAUAUUUCUGCAUUUUUCUAUAAUAAUUUUUAAACCUUUAAACAAUAUUUACUUGACCCAGAUCAAGUUUUAACAAAUGUAUAUGUACAUUGCGAAAAAUUUUUGGUUUUGAUAAAAAUAUACGAGAACAACAAAGUUGCGACACUUAUUUUGUUUAUUUCAUUUGAGUUAAGUCAAUUCUUUAGAAUAUUAUACAAGUUAUUGAUCCUUUUUAAUAGUUAGUGUCCUAUAUUCUUAAAAUGUUUAUUAUUCAUGUGCCUUUUAUUAUUUGUUAUUGCUAUGGAUGAAACAGUUCUUUUCUCAGGUUAUUCCUCACUUCCAACUCUGCCAAUUCUUCUAGGAACCUUCCUAUAUGCAAUCCAAAAUUGGUUUGUACUAUUUAUUCAAGAAAUAAAAGAGUUAUUAUUCAUAAUUUUGACGUUUUUCUAAAUACUUUCAUUUUCUCUUCUUUCAUGCCCACUAAAUCAAUCUUCAAUUUUAUUUUCUAUAUUACUUUCUCUUCAUAAUGUGUUGUCUUUUGUUAUUUUCAAUGUUGUUUGUUUUAAAUUUACAAAAAAUAAUUAUUGAUAAUUCCAUUCUAUUCACGAGUAGUUCUAAUUAUUCCUCAUCGCAGAAUAAUUAUUGACUCAGUUAUGUAAGAAGAUUUUGACUGAAUCGUUUGUCAUGAUUCGUUCAAUUUCUCUUAAUACUCUCGUAUAUAUCACAAAUCUUUUUCGCAACCAGUAUUGGAAUGAACUACUGAACUCAUCCUAAUACUUUUUAUUUUUAAUUAUAAUAUUUAAAGGUCAUAAUUCAUCUGCUUGAUGCCGUUUGAUAUCUUUAACGUUUUAUAAAUCAUUAAACAGUCACAUCUUUUAUUUUUUAAGAUUUAUAUAUUCAAUAUGUUUAUUAUAUUCUAUUACUAGUUAAUAGUUGAUGCCCUUCAAAAAGGAGAUGAAUUUGCUUCAUUUUGAUAUAUUUGUAUAACUCAAAAUGAAGCAAUAUUUAAUUUUGCCACAAUCCCACUACGAAAACGCUCAUAAUAUAACUGUCAAUGACUUGUCAGCAGUCAGACAACGAAAAUGGAAUAAUGGAGCUAAUAACUCUUAAUAUAUGUUUAAUUAAUUUGAAUUUUAAUUUAUUUUUCAGUGAGAUACUACUGGAAAAUCUUUUUUAGGGAUUAAUUAGACUGAGACUAAAGUUAAGGGCAAUUGUUAAUUUUGGAAUUUUUAUUGUUUUUAAAGGAUUCCUUGCACUUUACGAAAAUACAUUGUGUAUUUCUAUUCAUGCGUUUACUCUACUAUAUAUCAAAGAAACAAUUGAUUCUAAUAUCAGAAGGAUAAAUUAUUAUAUCAAGAUAUAUUGAGCACGUACUCAAACCAAACGUGAAAUUGCUAUUUUAACUUUUCUCACUUAUUUUUAUGAUUAUGCAAUCACUGUUUCUGAAAAUAUUCUCACUAUUAGACGCCUAUUUGUGCAGGUUAAAUCCCUUUGAACAACAUAUCAAAUAGUGAAGUAACUUAUUGAACUGAAUCUGUACCUAAAAUGUAAAUUAUGGAUAAAUUCAGUAGCUUAUGACAUGGUGUAAUAUUUUAUGACGGAUUAUUUCAUUCCUAAUUAUAAUUGUGUAUGCAUUUAUUAUAUUAAUUCACAUUCCAAACAGCAAGUAUGUGUUACAGUAAAAAUGAUAAAUCAGUGAUUAUACAUAAUCCCUACUGAAUUUGUUGAAUGAGAUAAAUUAUUUCAUAUUUAUCAAAUUUACCGGUUAGUAUAUGAAAUUUGUUUUGUUAGUAUCCAUAAUAACAACCCAACUACUUUAAACUUAUUUUGAUAUGUAUUUAUUGGUAUGAAUUGAAAGAUAAGAAACAAAAUUUUUUAAACAUGACAUUGUUUCUUAAAUCUGUCAAAUUUCGUAGAUUAUUUCUGUAGACUACGCUUUUAAGAGAGGUCAGAGCUCAGAGGUGGCCAUUCAUUAUCACCUCAUCGUGAAAUCACUUUUUCUAGGAAUAAUUCGUCCCAUGGAGCUAAAGAGUUGUUAGUGGUGUGUGAAGUGACCCCAUCCUUUUGGAACUAUGUCAGCCGGUUAUAAUGUAACCGAUACAAUCGUCGAACUCGAAAAAGUGAUCGACUAUUUUCGAAAACGAGCAAAACGAGCGUUGCUCUUCCGUGUACGGCAUGACAGCAACUAAAAAUUUAAGGAAUGCGCUAGUAAACGACCCGCCCGGUUGGGUUAGGUGGUUGUCACGUAACAAGAAGCUUCGCAAACUGAACGAAUUUUCGUUAAGUUAGGGACUUUUAUCACCCAUUACGAGUUGGGGGAUUUUAUAAACUUCCCGGUAAAUUUGAUAAAUAUUUAUUACUUUUCCCGUAACAUAUAUAAUAUUUGUAAAAAAUACAACCGAUUUUUGAAAACAUUUUUAUACUAUUCUCACAGAAAAUCUUAUAUUAUGUAUAUUCAUUUUAUCCACAAUAAUUUCAUUGAAAUAUGGUCUAUAAAACGUAAGUUUUAAUCUUGGAAUAUCCUGUAAAACACUCAAUAUAUAGAUUUGUUAACAUUUAUAAUAUUUACCUUUUUUUUCUCUUUAUUGAUAUAGAUAACUAUAUUUUUUUACAAUAAUUCCAGAUGAAAUAUCGGUGAAUCAGUUAUGGAAUGAUUAUGGAUAAAAAGUUGUGUAAAUUGUUUGUUUUAGAUGCAUUUUGUUUACAGAAUUAAUGAUUCGAGAAAACGUUUAAAUUUACGUCUAUAUAAAACAUUUAUACAUAUUAUACAACGAGCGUAUAAUAGCUAUUAUACUCGAUUCGAAAACUACAUUUUAUCCACGACUAUAUAAAGUUAAAAUCGCACUUUUGAAAGCAAAUUCAGAUUGUAAUGUUUUUAUUUUUAUUCAAUCUAUUCUAAUCGAUUAAAUAUUUUCAUUAUUACAAAAACAACUAAAUAAACGGAUUUUAAUAUAUACAUAACAAAUAGUUUAAAUUUAGGAUGUUGAUUGAAUAUUAUUAAGAAUUAUUGGAUUUAGCCGCGAAAGUUUGAAUCGUCUGGAUUUAGCAGUUUUACGAAUUCACAUUUUUAUACGCUGUUACAAAUAAGCCCGGCAGAUGGUGCUACAGUCGGUAUCAAGGCUAUUUAUUCAUACUGCAAGUAAACUGCUAAAUCGACUUGGAUGAAUUUUUGUGUAUGCAUUUAUGCAUUUAUUUCAUUCAUUUUGUGUAUGUAUUCAUUGAAUUUCAUCAUUCUCCGAGCAAUUGCUCAAUAUUGGCGUCAAUGUAUCAAAUUACUAGACAAUUUCUGCAACAGGGUAAAUACAAAAUAUGCUAUUUAUAUUAAUCAUGCGUGGCUUCGUGAACGAGCUAUUUUAGCUGCAAAAAAUAUCGAUGUGACGCUAUUAACUUCAAAAUACAACAAUCAUUACCCGGCAAUGAGAUAAGUGGUCAACUAUCCUGUUGAAUUUUUGAAUUCGCUGGAUUUACCACCACAUAACUUGCGAUUAAUUAAACAUUAUUGAUUAUAACGAAUUGUUUUUUAGAAAAAUUGAUGUUAUUUCAAAAUAACAAGAAUAACAAAAUUAUUAUAUUAUUUGUUAUUCGUUUCUUCCUUUGUUUAAUAUCCUAAUCGCCUUGGUAAUUUCUCAUUUCUGUGACCUUUUGUUAUAUUUAUGUUCCCAAAUCGUCUCUUCUGAUUUGAAAUUGGAUUUUUUUUUAUAAUUUUUGAAAGACAGAUAAAAAUUGUCAUAUAGUCGUGGAGAAUAAAUUCUAUAUGUGUAAUUAUACUUUCCAUUAUUUAAUUUAUAUGUGGUUUUGUUUUUAAUUUUAUGUAUAUUUUAUCAAAAACUUGUAUUUUUUUGUUAUUAUUUUCAUAGUUUUAUUCAUUAAUAUAAUAGUAACUGAAAAAAUAAAUGCAAUUCGCUUUU